GCACCUGUAGGUGCAUUAGAAUGAGAUAUAGGUCUUCGUGGAAAGAGGUUCCUCGAUCUGAGCAUAAGAUAUACGUACGUAAUUGGGAGUACUCUCUGUUGUUGUGGUGCUGCAAUAAAUAUUUAGGAAUGAACGUUUCUCGUACGUAACCGCUGACCUCCGACACGCUACUGUGAACUUCUACCUAUGAUGGGGGUGCUGGUUCUGCGCAGGCGCAUUUAUGAGGGUGUAAAAUAAAACGGGCCAGUUUGACGUUUUCAUUUCCUUUUUGGCUGACUACUGUGUAAAAGGGUUUUCCUUUUUUAUUUUAAUGUUAAAAAAUAUUGUUUACCUCUGUGGUGAAUUACCUAGUCUUACUGGUAAUACACGUUUAUGAACUUGUUGUUUGCUUUAUAAUUAUAAGGCGCGUAGCGGUUGCGGAUACUAGUCGGGGGCGGGAGAAUUUCAUUUAGGAUAUUAUCAUAAUACGUCGCUUUGGGCAAAGAGUCAGCAAAGGUACAAUUUGUGCAUUACAUAAGAGAAAGAGACAUAGCUGUAGACAUGUGACUCAAACCUAGUUUUGUUUCCACUUGAUAUGGAUGUAAAAACGGGCAGUGCUGGUACCUGAAACGGUCCCUGUCUCUAUUUGAGACUCGUGUAAAUGUUCAUGCUCCAUAACUAUAAGAUCAUAACUAUUAAAAAAUGGACAAACCUUAACACAGCUACUCGUGCAGUGUAAAUGUUUCAUUAAAAAAAAAAAAAUCUUCAUGCAGCUCCUAUGAUGUACUCCUAUAAAGUACUUGAAUGCCGCAUCUGCAUCCAUGUCUUUUUCUGCUAAUCUAAUGUAAUGAACACAUUAUUUUCUAUGAGAUGUACGUCGCUUUGGAGAAAAAAUGUCUGCUAAAUGGAUAAAUGUAAUAUGAAGAAAUGGCUGGUUUUUAAAUGAGCCCAUAAUGUGAUGUUUUAAAUGAGUAUUGACCUGGAACUGAUCUAGUCGAGGCUCCCCACAUCCUUCAACUUGUUUGACGUAUGAAUCACAAGCCAAGGUGUCACUUUGGGAUUUCGCUGUACAGCACGUGGGUGAGCUCCUCUUCAACGUUUUAGUGUCCCAAGUACCACCGCAGAUUUAAUGCUGAUUUAUUCCCAGAGCUCCCUUCAGCUCCAGGUGUGCUGUGCUCCUGCUGCAUUCUGACCUUUCAGUAAAUUGUGCAUGUUCUCAAAGACCCUGGACUCAAAUUUGAGUUCCCGUCCAGAGUCCUGAGAUGAAGCGCCGAGCUUCGGAAGUGAGUCUCUCUGGGGACUGUGAGGAGGGGGUUGUAGCCUCAGAAAAGGGUUUCAAAAGUGUCCGGCAGGAGAGAUCAGUGUCACCUGUGCCCAGCUGUACAUCCAUGAAGAGUGACUGGUCAAUGGACUAUCCAAUUACCUUCAAAAAUGACCAGGUUUCUACAGAUCAAAAAUGAACUCAUGAUGGCAUGUCAGCAGACACUAAAAUCCCAUCUGAAGAAGAAGUCUGAGUAUAUAUUUGAAGGGCAAGCUAAGCAUGGAAGCCCAGCCCUUCUGAAUGAUAUUUACACAGAGCUCUACAUAACUGAAGGUGGUACUGGUGGGAUCAGUGAUGAACAUGAAGUGAGACACAUUGAGAGAGCACUCAAGAAACCAGCUAUACAAGAAACUAAAAUCAAAUACAGUGAAAUUUUUACACCCUUACCUGGAAAAGUAACAGACAUUAGAACUGUGCUGACACAGGGGGUUGCAGGUAUUGGGAAAACAGUGACUGUGCAGAAAUUUAUUCUUGACUGGGCAGAAGGAAAAGCAAAUCAAGAUUUUAAUUUCAUAUUUCCUCUUCCUUUCCGAGACCUUAAUUUCACGCAGGAUAAACAAUUCAGUUUGACACAAUUGGUUCAUUACUUUCUGCCGGAACUGAAAGAGCUUGGACUCUCACAACUUUUUAAUUCCAAAGUCUUGUUUGUCUUUGAUGGUCUAGAUGAGUGUUGCCUUCCUCUAGAUUUUAAGAACAAUCAGGAAUGGUCUGAUGUAACAAAGACAACUUCACUGGAUGUGUUGUUGACCAACAUCAUGAACGGGAAUCUGUUUCCUUCUGCUCUCAUCUGGAUAACUUCCCGACCAGCGGCUGCCAGUCAGAUCCCUCCUGAGUGUGUCGAUCGGGUGACAGAGAUACGAGGGUUCAGUGAUCAUCAGAAGGAGGAAUACUUCAGGAAGAGAGUCAGUGAUGAGGACCUGUCCAAGAGGAUCAUCACACAUGUGAAGUCAUCAAGGAGCCUCUACAUCAUGUGUCACAUUCCAGUCUUUUGUUGGAUUUCAGCCUCUGUUCUUGAGAGGCUCUUUGUUGAGGAACACAAUGGAGAAAUUCCCAAGACUCUCACUGAGAUGUACACACACUUCCUGAUCUUUCAGACCAGUUUAAAGAAUGAGAAAUAUCUAAAAAAACAAGAAACGGAGCCUCUGAAAUCUUUAGAAUUAGAUAAAGAAUUUGUCCUGAAACUGGGGAAGCUGGCUUUGAAUAGCCUUAAAAAAGGUAAUCUCAUUUUUUAUGAGGAAGAUCUCAGAGAGUUUGACAUUGAUGUCACUGAAGCUUCAGUGUAUUCUGGAGUGUGUACAGAAGUGUUUAGAAAAGAGUUUGGGUUGUAUGAAGGGAAGGUUUACUGCUUUGUGCAUCUGAGUGUUCAGGAGUACCUUGCUGCUUUCUAUGAGUUUCUUUCAAAUACUGAUUCCAACCUGCUGGAGGAUACAGUGGAUCAAGCCUUAAAGAGCAAGAAUGGACACUUGGACCUCUACCUCCGCUUCCUCCUUGGCCUUUCAAUGGAAUACAGUCAAAAGCUUUUAAAAGAACUAAUGAUACAAACUAAAACAAGAUCUUUUAACAUUUCAUACAUAAUUCAAUACAUAAAUCAGAAGAUCAAUGAGAAUCUUACUCCAGAGAAGACUAUUUAUCUUCUCCACUGUCUGAAUGAACUGAAUGACAAUUCUCUGGUGGAUAAAGUACAAAAUUACCUGAAAGCAGGACAUCUAUCAGAAACAGACAUCAAACCCACAGAGUGGUCAGCUCUGGCCUUUGUGUUGAUGAUGUCAGAAGAGGAAAUGGAUGAGUUGGACCUGAAAAACUGCACUUUACGUGAUGGAGGUCUUCAGAGGAUGCUACCGGUGAUCCAGGUCUCCAGGACUGCUCUCCUGUCUAACUGUGGAGUCACAGAGGGAGGCUGUGCUUCUCUGGCUUCAGCUCUGUGUUCGAACCCCUGUUCACAUCUGAGAGAGCUAGAUCUGAGCUACAAUCACCCAGGGGACUCAGGAGUGAUUCUGCUCUCUGAUCUACUGCUGGAUCCCACCUGUAAACUGGAGACACUAAGGCUGAAGAUGUGUGGACUGACAAAGAAAUGCUGUGGAGCUCUGGCUUCAGCUUUGUGUUCGAACCCCUCACACCUGAGAGAGCUGGACUUGAGUGAGAAUGACCUGCAGGAUUCAGGAGUGGAACUGCUCUCUGCUGGACUGGGGAACAAACACUGUAAACUGGACACACUGAUACUGUCUGGCUGUUGUGUCACAGAGGGAGGUUGUACUUCUCUGGCUUCAGCUCUGUGUUUGAACCCCUGUUCAGACCUGAGGGAAUUGGAUCUGAGCUACAAUCACCCAGGGGACUCAGGAGAGAAGCUGCUCUCUGAUCUACUGCAUGAUCCCACCUGUAAACUGGAGACACUAAGGUGGUGCAGGAUCAGACCAGGGCUCCUGAAAUACUCCUGUCAUCUCACACUGGACACCAACACAGCAAACAGAGACCUAUAUCUGUCUGAGGACAACAGGAAGGUCACUUGGAGAGGAGAAAAACAGUCAUAUCCUGAUCAUCCAGAGAGAUUUGAUUGUUUUCCUCAAGUUCUGUGUGCAGAGAGUCUGUCUAGUCGCUGUUACUGGGAAGUUCAGUUCAGUGGGAAAAGGACUGAAAUGGGAGUGACUUAUAAAGGAAUCAGAAGGAAAGGAGACAAUGAUGAUGGUGUGCUUGGAGAGAAUGAUAAGUCCUGGGUUCUGCGCUGUUCUGGUGGUAGUUAUGCUGUCCUUCACAAUUCCAAAAAGAUUGUCAUACCUCUACUUCAGUCCUCCCCCAUAGUAGGAGUGUAUCUGGACCGGGUGUCCGGCACUCUGUCCUUCUACAGAAUCUCCUCUGAUGAACCGACCCUCCUGUACAGGUUCACCGCCACAUUCGCUGAGCCUCUCUAUGCUGCCUUUUGGGUUGGUUGGGGCUCCUCGGUGUCCCUUCGUGAGCUGGAAUAAGAAUUCUGUCUCACACGGAGUCUCAGACAAAAAUCAACACGUGAAGUUCAUGUUUGUUAUUUUCUUUUGAGUGUGUAAAAUUUUGUCAAUGUUCAGAAAAAUGGGGGGGGAAAGUAAAUUCUUGGAUUUUGUUUACAUUUUACAUUGCAGACCAAGUCAUUCCUUAAAUAUUUAUCAUCUGCACAAUAAAAAAGGCUUUUGGAUAAAAUCCUUUUGAAAGUAUAGAAAACUUUGCAUAUAUAUAUAAUAUACUUUUCAUUUUUACAUGAUAAUUUAAGCUACAUGAAAACAAACUAUAUUUUAAUUACUGAAAAUACAAAAAUUGUCUCCACAAAUUCUUGUUCAGGAUCAAUUGUUGAUAGAUUUAUCCCAUACAGAUAUAUAACAUUGAUCUGGUUAUUGAUCCCUAACUCUCUGGAACAAACUGUAAGCACUGUGGAAGUUAGCUGAAGCGAGAUGUUUCCACAUUUUAUAUUUAUUUUAUUUCAGAGUAUUUCACAGCCAACUAUUGGCUGGACAUUGAAAAAUAGCUUGGUU